ACCCCGCAACUACACAUCACAAGUGGUAAUUUGUGCGCGCAACCUACAUACUCGAAUCGGAAGCAAGCCCUGCAAACCUGCAAAUCCUUUUUAUCACACUUCAGUAAAAUGGCAAAGAAGGGUGGCGCUGGUGGCGGCGAGACGUCGAAGAAGGCGCAAGGUCAAGCGCGCAAAGCCGACGCCGCUGCAUCCAAGCAGGCGGCAAAGAAUCAACAAGUAGAAAAGGCAGAGGCAGAGGAGUGGAACAAGGGUGCCAAGUCAAAUGCAAAGGCCGAGGCAGCAGCGGAAAAGGCCGCAGAGGCAGCCCGUAAGAAGGCCGAGAAGGAGGCACUUCUCCGCGAAGAAGAAGCAUCCUUACCCUCAAAGCCCAAAGGCAAGGCACCCAAAGCCGAGAAGAAGUCCCGCGGAAUCGACUCGGCACUUGGAUCCUUUGACUCCAAGCCCGGCGCCCUCAACGCCACUGGUAUCGACAACGCGCUCGAUGCUCUAGAUAUUACGGGCAACAGUCAGGACAAGGUCGACCGACAUCCUGAGAGGAGGUUCAAGGCCGCCUACGCGGCAUUCGAAGAGCGGAGACUGGAGGAGAUGAAGGACGACAAGGGCCUGCGACGGCAGCAGAAGGUUGACCAGAUCCGCAAGGAGUUUGAAAAGCAUCCGGAGAACCCGUUCAAUCAGGUCAACGCAAACUACAACAUGUCCAAGGAGGAGAUUGCAGCGCUGCGAGAGGCGGAGAAGGAGAAGAAGGAAAAGAGGCUUGUUGGUGUCAACUGA